UUCAUCGCUUAGCAGACAGCAGUUGUAAAUUGUGGUUACCAAUAUUUCUAAUAAUACGAGUAAAGGACAGCUGAUAAUGGAAGCCAAAACUGGAUCUACUGCCCGCCUUUCUUACGAAGAAUUCGAACCUUUCUGUAGAUGGCAACGCGAAGAAGCCCGUGACACUCUGCUAGUCCAUCUCCCAGACUUCAAAAAAGAACAGCUCAGGGUGCACAUCAACAGUCGUGGAACCCUGAAAAUUUCCGGGGAACGUAAAUUGAGUUCAACAAAAGGGAGCAAAUUUUACAAGGAAGUUGUGGUUGCUAGGAACUGCAAUACCAAUGCAAUUCAAGCCAAAUUUUCGGCCGGCCAGCUGUGCAUCAUAAUGCUUAAAAACGUUAAUGCAGCUGCGGUCCCAGAACAGAAAGUCAUCAGCACUCCUGAUCCAACCGCAAAACCACAAGCAGGUCCAGAAGAAGGUCAAGCCACGCAACCUCCUCAAAAACCUGGCGAGGAAAAGGAUAGCAUCAUCGUGCCGUCCGGAACUCCCAUUGCUACUGCGUCAGGAAAGAGCAACGGGAAUGUUACAGAAGGGGAAAAAACAACAGUUUCGAGAGGAAAGCAACUCGCAAAUAUUGCUUUGAAUGUUGGAAUGCCGGUGGCUUUGCUGGCUGCUCUCGUGGCUUUCGUUCUAUAUAUGUACAAAUCUACCAUUGUUGAAGAUUAAAAAAAAAAAAAAAAAAAAAAACCUCGUCGAUGACAUGUUUAUUGCUCCUAGAUAGUAAGAAAUUCGUUAUUGCAGUAAAUGCUUGAGAUUUGUUCCCUACAAUGGUUAUCCAAAAUACUUGCUAGUAUCUUACUGUUUGUUCUUUUA